CACCCUGAAAGUUUCAGUUUUGGAAACAUUCUGUUGUUCUUAAAUAUCGGUUCUGAAAAUCAUGUCAAAGUCAGAUAUUACAAAACAAGACCUGUAUGGUAUCUUGGAAGUUGCAGAAGAUGCAACUGGUAAAGAGAUAGUGAAAGCAUACAGAAAGAAAGCCUUAAAAUGUCAUCCUGACAAAAAUCCAGAUAAUCCUCGGGCAGCUGACCUGUUUCAUAAGUUAUCUCAGGCAUUGGAAGUAUUGACAGAUGCAGCAGCAAGGGCCGCUUAUGAUAAAAUUCUCAAAGCAAAGAAGGCAGCCGCCUUAAGACAUAAGGAAUUAGACGCUAAAAGGAAGAAGUUUAAGGAAGACCUAGAGGCAAGAGAACUUGCUGCACAAGAGAGGCGCGAAACAGAUCUGAGUGCCGAGAAAAUCCUUGCUGCUGAGAUUGACAGAUUGAGGAAGGAAGGCUCUGCUCUUCUCAAGGCUGAACAGGAUUACCUGAAUGAGCAAAUUAAGACCACAGGUAAAUUUAAGCCUGAAUCGAGUGAUAAGAAAUCCACUCCAAAAUUAAAGUUAAAAUGGAAGGCAAAGAAAGGCGAUGUAUCAAAUGGAGGCUACUCAGCUGAAAAUCUCACAACUAUGUUCAGCAAAUAUGGAGAGGUGUUGACAGUCCUGUUAUCCAGUAAAAGGAUGGGAAGUGCUGUCAUUGAGCUGGGCAACAGCCAUGCUGCUAUAUUGGCUGUCCAGAAUGAAAUAGGGCUGCCAGAGAACCCUCUGACAUUGACAUGGCUUGAAGGUCAACCAACCAGAACUCCAGACAUUCAAGUACCCCCUUUUGGACAUCAGUUUAGCAGUCAGACAAGUACGGACCAACAGGUGUUAUCAAAUGAGAGGGACUUUGAGAGUCUGGUACUGAGGAAGCUCCGUCAGGCCGAGGAGCGAAAACGUUUGGCCCAGGAAAUAGCCAAACAAGAUGAGGAAGACAACACAUGAUUUUUAAUUUAUAUCUUAUUUUAAAUUAUCAGUCAUUAUCAUGGCUUUUAGCAUCAAUUUUAAUUUACUCUUAUUUGGAAUUUUUUAUUAAAUUGUUUUUAUCAGAAGAAAUAUUUUUGUGUUAUGUGUUAACUGUAGAUUUAGGCCUUACAUGUACACUUAGCUAAGCAUUUUACACAGCAAAAU